GUGGACAAUAUCAUACACUUGUGGAGAGUCGUGUUCGUCUAAACUUGGUAUCUUACUUCUUGUAAUUGCUCCUUCGAGUACAUGCAAUUCAUCCGUGGUUGGAUAGAUAAAGUUGUAAAAAUUUGGGAAUAUAUGGAAAUGAAAAGCCAAUCAAGAAAGUUUAGAAAAGGGUAUUAUAACAUUUAAGGAAGGAAUUGAAAUACCCCUCUAUGGUAUUCAUAUCAGAUUUGCCUCACCCAUUCUACCUAAUAAACAACCAAUUCAUUCAUGUAUAUCUUCUUAUCAUACUUCAAUUUGGGCUAUUUAAAAUGAUAUCAUGAACCAAAAGAAGUAACUCUUACCUUGCUUCCAACAUUAGCAGCAACGGAAUCAUGGUGUUAUCGGCGUGUUCUUCGCAACGGCUAGCCUUGUUCUUCAUGUUCUUCGUGUUCUUCGUGUUCUUCAUUGUUCGUCCUGUCUUGGGUGACCCUGCAACGCAGCAACGGAUUGAUCGAGUAUGCCGUCAAAUGGAGGAUUAUGGAUUUUGCAAUAGAACCUUUAGUGAAAAUCUGAGAGGUCCAGUAGAUGAUGUUGGCCUAACCUUGAUAGCAAAUGACCAAGUUUUGAGAAAUGCGUCCAAUACCUAUCAGUUCAUAGAGCAGCUUCAAGCUAGGACAUCUGAUCCAGCAACAAGAGCUGCACUUGAGAAUUGCAGAAUUGGUUGCAGCCAGGUCCGGGAAGCGUUUGAGCAGGCGAGUUAUUACUUCAACAAAAGAGACUAUGUCAAUAUGGUCCAGGUUGAAAGGGAUGCACCCAGAGGAGAGGCGUUCUGUCGACCACCGACGACGGCGAGCCGGUUGGUUGAGAGGAAGAGGGAAUUGAGGAUUCUUAUUGCCAUGGCUGUGGUUGCUGGUCAUAUACUAGCUCCUUGAUCGACGAGAUUGAAAUCCAUAGCUUGUUCAGCCUCAUGGUUUUAAAACGUGUCUACUAGAGAGAGGUUUUCACACCUUAUGAUAUGCUUCGUUCUCCUCUCCAACUGAUGUGGGACCUGAUGCUAUCUCUUUUAUAGUUCGAUACUAGAGAAAUGAUUGAUCCUACAGAUCAAAAGUCGUUCAUGUGGGCCUCUAAACAGUCUUUAACUCUACUUCCUUUCUGGCGCGACAAAAUGCAAUGCAAUGACAAAUGUUCAACAUAAACAGCUACAAAGAUGAGUUUUAGAAAACUAAUUUUGCAGUUCCUGUUGUACCAUAUACUAUUCUUUUCACC